AUGUUAAGGUUUAAAAGAGGAUUUCCUUAUAAUAGUUUUAAUUUUUUUUAUGUUCAAAACUCAUUUAAAAAAUUUAUAACGUAUUAUACGAAAACUCAUGAGUAUAUUAAAAUAAAUGAAGAAAAUUUAAAAGAUUUAAAAAAUAAGAAUAUUAAGUGCAAGAUAGGCAUAAGCAACUAUGGAACUGAAAAAUUAGGAGAAAUUGUUUAUAUAGAUAUAAUAUAUAACAUAAAUGAUUAUGUAAAAAAAGGAGAUUGUAUUGCAACAAUUGAAAGUGUCAAAAGUGUAGGUGAUGUUUAUACUCCUAUUAGCGGUAAAAUUACCAAUAUAAAUAACAAAAUAAUAGACAAUAUUAAUUUAAUGAAUAAAAGUUCUGAAUCUGAUGGAUGGAUUAUAGAAUUGUUAACAAACGAUAUAGAUGAAAAAGAAAUAUUGGACAUUUCUGAAUAUAAAAAGAUAUGUGAUGAAGAAGAAGAAAAAGAGGAAACAAAAAUACAACAAAAUGAAAUUAAUUCAUUAGAAGAAAAAAACAAGAAUAAGAUUUUUGAUAUAAACGAUAUUAAAAGCAUUGAAGAUAAAGAGAAAAAAUAA